GGAGGCAGCGGGCCCGCCCGCCGGCCCCGGCCCUGCGGAUCCGCCCCCCUCGCCGGCCCGCCCCCUCGGAGCCGAGUCCCCCCCAUCCCUCGGCGGCGCUGGGGCGGCUGGCGGGCGCGGGGCCCGCGGUCCCGGCGCCAUGCGGGCAUCGCUGCUGCUGUCGGUGCUGCGGCCCGCGGGGCCCGUGGCCGUGGGCAUCUCGCUGGGCUUCACCCUGAGCCUGCUCAGCGUCACCUGGGUGGAGGAGCCGUGCGGCCCGGGGCCACCCCAGCCCGGAGAUUCGGAGCUGCCCCCGCGCGGCAACACCAACGCGGCGCGCCGGCCCAAUUCGGUGCAGCCCGGAGCGGAGCGCGAGAGGCCCGGGGCCGGCGGCGCCGCCGCCGCCGCCGGGGAGAACUGGGAGCCGCGGGUCUUGCCCUACCACCCUGCACAGCCCGGCCAGGCCGCCAAGAAGGCCGUCAGGACCCGCUACAUCAGCACGGAGCUGGGCAUCAGGCAGAAGCUGCUGGUGGCCGUGCUGACCUCCCAGGCCACUUUGCCUACGCUGGGCGUGGCCGUGAACCGCACCCUGGGGCACCGGCUGGAACGUGUGGUCUUCCUGACGGGAGCCAGGAGUCGCCGGGCACCUCCGGGCAUGGCCGUGGUCACCCUAGGCGAGGAGCGACCCAUCGGGCACCUGCACCUGGCCUUGCGCCACCUGCUGGAGCAGCACGGGGACGACUUUGACUGGUUCUUCCUGGUCCCCGACGCCACCUACACCGAGGCCCACGGACUGGCGCGCCUCGUGGGCCACCUCAGCCUGGCCACCGCGGCCCACCUCUACCUGGGCCGCCCCCAGGACUUCAUCGGGGGAGAGCCCGCCCCCGGCCGCUACUGCCACGGAGGCUUCGGGGUGCUGCUGUCCCGCGCGCUGCUCCAGCAGUUGCGCCCCCACCUGGAAAGCUGCCGCAACGACAUCAUCAGCGCGCGCCCCGACGAGUGGCUGGGCCGCUGCAUCCUGGAUGCCACCGGGGUGGGUUGCACCGACCGUCACGAGGGGGUACAGUACAGCUAUCUGGAGCUGAGUCCUGGCGAGCCCGUGCAGGAGCGGGACCCUCGUUUCCGCAGCGCCCUGAGUGCCCACCCGGUGCGGGACCCCGUGCACAUGUACCAGCUGCACAAGGCGUUUGCUCGCGCGGAGCUGGAACGCACAUACCAGGAGAUCCAGGAGCUGCAGUGGGAGAUUCAGAACACGAGCCGCCUGGCCGCCGAUGGGGAUCGGGCAGCUGCCUGGCCAGUGGGCAUCCCCGCCCCGUCACGCCCUGCCUCCCGCUUCGAGGUGCUGCGCUGGGACUAUUUCACCGAGCAGCACGCAUUCUCCUGCGCGGACGGCUCGCCCCGCUGCCCCCUCCGGGGGGCCGACCGCGCCGACGUGGCGGACGUCCUGGGGGCCGCCCUGGAAGAGCUCAACCGCCGCUACCACCCAGCUCUGCGGCUCCAGAAGCAGCAGCUGGUGAACGGCUACCGCCGCUUUGACCCGGCACGGGGCAUGGAGUACACGCUGGACUUGCAGCUGGAGGCGCUGACCCCCCAGGGCGGCCGGCAGCCCCUCACACGCCGGGUGCAGCUGCUCCGGCCACUGAGCCGCGUGGAGAUCUUGCCGGUACCCUAUGUCACCGAAGCAUCCCGUCUCACCGUGUUGCUGCCUCUGGCCGCCUCGGAGCGUGACCUGGCGCCGGGCUUCCUGGAGGCCUUCGCCACGGCCGCCCUGGAGCCCGGGGAUGCGGCGGCCGCGCUGACCCUCCUGCUGCUGUACGAGCCCCGGCAGGCCCAGCGCGCCGCGCACGCCGACGUCUUUGCCCCGGUCAAGGCCCACGUGGCAGAGCUAGAGCGGCGCUUCCCGGGCGCCCGGGUGCCCUGGCUCAGCGUGCAGAGCGCCGCGCCCUCCCCACUGCGCCUCAUGGAUCUGCUCUCCAAAAAGCACCCGCUGGACACACUCUUCCUGCUGGCCGGGCCGGACACGGUGCUCACGCCCGAGUUCCUCAACCGCUGCCGCAUGCACGCCAUCGCGGGCUGGCAGGCCUUCUUCCCCAUGCACUUCCAGGCCUUCCACCCGGCCGUGGCCCCGCCGCAGGGCCCCGGGCCCCCAGAGCUGGGCCGAGACACCGGCCGCUUCGACCGGCAGGCCUCCACGGAGGCCUGCUUCUACAAUUCCGACUACGUGGCGGCCCGCGGGCGACUGGCCGCCGCCCCGGAGCAGGAGGAGGAGCUGCUGGAGGGCCUGGACGUGUACGAGCUGUUCCUGCGCUUCUCGGGCCUGCACGUGCUGCGCGCUGUGGAGCCGGCCCUGCUGCAGCGCUACCGGGCGCCCGCGUGCAGCGCGCGGCUCAGCGAGGACCUGUAUCACCGCUGCCGCCAGAGCGCGCUCGAGGGCCUGGGCUCACGCACGCAGCUGGCCAUGCUGCUCUUCGAGCAGGAGCAGGGCAACAGCACCUGAGCCCGC